GGAGGGUUUUGGAUGCGGCGCUAGAGGGUUGUUUGUUUCUACGAGCUGCUUGCGAGGGGAGGAGAAGGUUGUGGUAUUUGGACGGGACAAUGGCGGCGCUAGCAGUCUCUUUUUGGAGAUUGUUACAGGCCUUCCUUGCAAGUUUUUCCUGUUCAGUUGCUUUGACGAUGACAACUGCAACUGGGUUGCUUCUUUUCCUUCUUCCUGAAGCAGCAACGGCCUUGCAGUGUUUUUGUCUUCACUGUACAAAAGAGAACUUCACAUGUACAACAGAUGGGCUCUGUCUUACUUCAGUGACACGGAAUAAAAACAAAAUUCAACGCAAUAGUAUGUGUCUUGCAGAAAAUGAUCUAUUUCCCAAAGACAGGCCAUUUGUUUGUGCUAUUUCAACAAGUAAAGGAGUAAUUACAGUGCCUCAUUGCUGUGAUAAAGAUUUCUGCAAUAAAGUAGAACUUCCAAUUCCAACAUUAGGUCCUGUAACAGGGAAGUUUUCUUCUACCCUAGGACCUGUGGAAUUAGCUGCUGCCAUUGCUGGGCCAGUUUGUUUUCUUUGCAUUUCACUUAUGUUGAUUCUUUAUAUCUGCCAUAAUCGUUCAUUCAUACACCAUCGAGUUCCAAGUGAAGAAGAUCCUUCAAUGGAGCGACCAUUUAUAUCUGAGGGAACUACUUUAAAAGAUUUAAUUUAUGAUAUGACCACUUCGGGAUCAGGAUCAGGUUUGCCAUUACUUGUUCAGAGAACAAUUGCAAGAACAAUUGUACUACAAGAAAGUAUUGGAAAAGGUCGCUUUGGAGAAGUCUGGCGAGGAAAAUGGAGAGGAGAAGAAGUUGCAGUAAAAAUAUUCUCUUCAAGAGAAGAACGCUCAUGGUUUCGUGAAGCUGAAAUCUAUCAAACCGUUAUGCUCCGUCAUGAGAAUAUUCUUGGAUUUAUAGCUGCAGACAAUAAAGAUAAUGGUACAUGGACACAACUCUGGCUAGUGUCAGAUUAUCAUGAGCAUGGUUCUCUUUUUGAUUAUUUGAACAGGUAUACUGUUACUGUAGAGGGAAUGAUAAAGCUAGCAUUAUCAACAGCCAGUGGACUUGCACAUCUUCACAUGGAGAUUGUUGGCACACAAGGUAAACCAGCUAUAGCUCAUAGAGACUUGAAAUCAAAAAACAUUUUAGUAAAGAAAAAUGGAACAUGUUGCAUUGCAGAUUUAGGUCUGGCAGUAAGACACGAUUCAGCUACAGAUACAAUAGAUAUUGCACCAAAUCACAGAGUGGGAACAAAGAGGUACAUGGCUCCUGAGGUACUUGAUGAUUCGAUAAACAUGAAGCAUUUUGAAUCUUUCAAAAGAGCAGAUAUUUAUGCAAUGGGUCUAGUGUUUUGGGAAAUAGCUCGUCGAUGUUCAAUUGGUGGAAUCCAUGAAGAUUAUCAGUUACCAUAUUACGACCUUGUCCCUUCUGAUCCUUCAGUUGAAGAAAUGAGGAGAAUUGUUUGUGAACAGAAGCUACGACCCAAUACUCCAAAUAGAUGGCAAAGUUGUGAGGCAUUACGAGUAAUGGCCAAGAUUAUGCGAGAAUGCUGGUAUGCCAAUGGUGCAGCUAGACUAACAGCUUUACGCAUAAAGAAAACUCUGUCACAACUCAGUCAGCAAGAAGGAAUAAAAAUGUGAUUUAGGAAAUCGUGUUCAAGAAAAUAUUUGAACACCAAUAUGUGCACCAGGCUUGUACAUUAAACAUUGUUCUACCUCACUGAGGGAACAGAUAAAUAUUGCUGCCUUUUAUACAAGAUAAUCAGUUAUUAGUCCGGGAUUUCUCUAGAUGGAGUAAACAGAAUCUUAAUUAUUUUUUUGAAGGUCACAUUGGAAUCUAUUAUGUUCAAAACACAAAAAAUAAGCUUGAGAGUAGAACUUGUGUAUGCCAUGUAUGGCGCUCAAGGACAAUAGGAACAAUAUCAUGAUGGUACGCUGUAUAUUGUUAAAUUGUUUUGUUCUGAUAUUAAGAUGCUAUUAUUAUUGAAUGCCUUUCAUUGAAACUUACUACAUGAUCUUAUUUUAUCUGGAACACACAUGCAAUUUAUGCAAUAUUUUAUAUUAUAUGUCUGUCUUUUACAAUAGAUCAUAACUUGCCUUUAAAAUCAUUGUAGUGAAUAAGUGCCACUUUUAACUUUUCUUAGUGCAGUUCAGUAGGAUAGUCUUUGGUCCUUGUGAAAUGACAGUAAAUCUGUAUUCAUCAAUCUGCUGGCUUCUACAUACUUCGAUAUUACCAAAUUCUUGUAUUUCCCAUGAAGCUUUGCCAAAUUCCUGCUAAUUGGGAAUCCUAACUUAAAGGAUGGAACCAGGUUAUAUUAAAUGAUUGGCCAUAGGAUGAUUUCACACUCAUGCAUGAAUUUAUUUUUAUGAAAUGCUUUUUCUCUACAGCAUAGGAACUGAAAUAUAGAUUAAUUCUGUGAUAUUCCUAUGCUUUAUAUAUCACAGUGAACAGGAGUAUUAAAUAUGGAACUCUGAAAAAGAGCUUUACCUGUAAAAAUACUGUUUUUUACAUAGAGCAUGAACACUAACCUCUUAAAAUAAAUCCUCUUAAAUAUUGUCAGAAAAAAAAUUCACAUUGUUCUUUCUGUGCAAUGAAAACAGCUUUGCUAAAAUUUGAUCCUUGCUAAAUGCUUUUCUGAGGAUGAUCCAUGUAGAAAAAUGUAGUUCUGUAAUAGUCUUACUGGAUUAAUUUUGUAUGCGCCAAAUAGGAAUUUCCUAGGAUUUAAAGUUGUUUAUGUGGAUUUGGUCAAUGCGUAAUUCUUAAUGUUGGCUUUCAUUGACUGAUAAUGAACUUUGGAGAAAUGAAUAAGCUUGAGUAUAGACAUUCUCUUCCUGUCAUGCCCACCCCACUCGUGCCAGCAGAGGCCUACUGCAGAUUCCAUUGGUCAAACAACUCUAGCUGGUGGGAUCCAGAAGAGCUUUCCGUGCUCUUUGGAACAUUCUCUGUCUUGGGGUAAGAUCUGUCCUCAGCCCCCUAUCAUUCCAUAAGAGCCUAAAGAUCUGGGUCUAAAAGUUGGCUUGAGGACUUAAUGGGGAGUACCACAUUGGAGAUGGCUAUUCCACCUUGCCAAGGAGAAAACAUCUAGCCUAAGGAAGUCAUCUAUUGGGGGGGAAAUGCA